GUUUCUUCCUUGGAGUUUACAGGAAAUUGCGUAUAAGCAUCACAAACAUGGCGACUUACAGGCAGGUCGGGAGGUUGUUGGGUAUUUCUGCAAGAAUUUCAAGUCCGCUUGCUGUGCGUGCAUAUCAGUUUGCUGGACUGCAUUGGACUCCACACAACAUUGGUGUUACCAGGAGAUGGUCACUGCCACCAUUUUCAGUUGUAUCUGCAAGGACCAUGUUUAUUCAGACCCAGGACACUCCCAACCCAAACAGCUUGAAAUUUCUGCCUGGUCGCAUGGUCCUUGAACAAGGAACGAUGGAUUUUACUGCACCCCGUGAAGCCUAUUGCUCCCCCCUUGCAAGGCAGCUAUUUAGAAUCGAUGGUGUCAAGGGUGUCUUUUUGGGUCCUGACUUCAUAACUAUAACCAAGACAGAUGUAGAUCUGGAAUGGAAGUUAAUCAAACCUGAUGUGUUUGCUGCCAUUAUGGACUUCUUCACAUCUGGACUCCCUGUUGUCAAUGAGGAGGACACCCCUCGUGCAGAUACAGCACCAUCAGAGGAUGAUGAUGAGGUGAUUGCUAUGAUCAAAGAGCUUCUGGACACCCGAAUCAGGCCAACAGUGCAGGAGGAUGGUGGAGAUGUCCUGUAUUGUGGCUUUGAGGAUGGCAUUGUAAAGUUGAAGCUGCAGGGCUCCUGCACCAGUUGCCCCAGCUCCAUGGUCACUCUGAAGAGUGGCAUCCAGAAUAUGUUGCAGUUCUAUGUCCCUGAAGUGGAAGGAGUGGAGCAGGUGAAGGAUGAGCAAGAGGAGGUUGCCCAAGGCUGAGUCCAAUGGAAACUACUCAGACCCUAUAGACAUUCCUCUUACCCUCUCCCCUCCUGCAGCCACUCCUGACUCCAGUAUAGCUGAUUAAUCCGCAUUGUAGAGGCUUGUCUAAAGCACAGCAGUGACGAAGUAAUAACUUCGCUGUUAUUUUGAGAGAUUUGUCAUUGGACUUCAUAAGUUCCCAGAGAUUGUCAGCUGUCAACCUUUCUGGCUAUGGGACUCGGUGUGUAAGAGAGGACCCCGCCUUGUCUGAAGUAGGUGUCCUUGUCCUGUUUUUUUUUUUGUUGGAAGGAUUCCAGGCUGAUUGGGUCCACAAACUUUUGUCUGACAAUGUAUUUAUUGCAGUAUCUCAUUACCACACCAUAUAACUCAGUAAGUAUUGGUUAUUAAAAAAACAACUCCAUCUGUAUACAACACAAAUGCGCAGACUGUAUAAUGUAAAUAAAAUAAAGUACAUUGAAUUAA